UUGCAUUGAUGCUGAAUAAAAACCCCCCUUUGCCCUCGGGGACAUCAUCACCCCAAGAGAAAUACAGAAGCUUUGCACAGAGGAAACUGGCUCUCAAGAAAGCUGAACUGGCUGAAGCCCUGGAGGAGAUCAGAAUUGCCACGCACCUGAACAAUCUGAAGAAAAAUGCCAUUGAGAAGCUGAAGCAGCACAGUGCCCACCUGGCAGAGACCAACCGCCGGCUGAUGGAGGACAUCCAGCACACUGAUGACAGCACUGCCAAGGAAGCCAGGGACCUGCUGCAGCAGCAUGAAGUAUUUCAGAGAACAGAGGCAAUGCUGCAGAUCUUCAAUCAGAACCAGCUGGAUGCAGCAAGGGCAGAGCUCCAGGAACUGGAAAAAACAAGGGAAAAGAAUCUGGGAAAGCUACAGCAGCAGCUGGAUGAAGUCACAUCAAAGGUACAAGUUCUCCAGGAUGAGCUCAGUGUCCUGCAAACCUACAUCAACGACGGGCAAUAUCUGGAACAAGCUGCCCAGAUAGACCUUCUGCAGCGCAGCAUCCAGAACCUGAAGGAGCAGCAGCAGGAGGAGAGAGACAAGGCAGAAGACAUGGGGAAGGCUGUCUUGGAGGAGCUGGAGGAGAAGACACGGGUGGAACAAGAGGCGCUGUUACAGAAAGUCCUGGAGGAGAUGUUGCUGCACCAGGAUGGCCUGAAGCAGAUGGUUAUAAACAAUCAUGUCCUGCGACGUGAAAUCCUGAGGCAGAGGGAGAUUAUUAAGGACCUGGAAGAGGAGAUUGGUGAGCUGAAGAGAAGCAUCCAGACACUCCGCCAGAGUACAAGAAACCCAAGAGAGCUGAUCUUUGCUGACGUCUUUCUCCACAGACCGAAGUGCACACCAGACACCGAGGUGCUCCUCAGCCUCCCCGCCAAGGAGACGCCACUCAUCUGA